AUGUCGAUGGACAAAAAAAAUGAAACACAACAACAACAAAGUUUCGUUGCAACAAAUCAACCACGAGAAAAUUUAGUUCGAUUUAAUUAUCAUGAAGAUAACGAAGGUUUGAUCAAUCGUCAGAUCAAUUUGGAAUUAUAUGCUAGCUAUGUUUAUAUGGCUAUGGCACAUCAUUUUGAUCGUACGAAUGUUGCUCUAAAAGGGCAUCAGAAGUUUUUUGAAAAAAUGUCAAAAGAAGAAAAUGAACAUGCAAAUAAGUUUAUGGAAUAUCAAAACAAACGUGGUGGUACUAUUGUACUUUUGGAUAUCAAGAAACCACCACAACAAAGCUGGAGUUCAUCUUUGGAAGCUCACGAAAUGGCAUUACAAUUAGAAAAGGAUGUUUAUCAAGCAUUGCUUGAAUUACAUGCUUCUGCUAUCAAGCAUAAUGACCCACAUCUUUCGAAUUUUCUCGAAGAAGAAUUCCUUGAUGAACAAGUUGAAUCAAUUCAUCAAUAUGUCACGUAUAUUACCAACUUACGACGUGUUGGUCCUGGUCUUGGUGAAUAUAUCUUUGAUAAAGAAGAACUCCAAGAGUAA